GUAGUUACAAGCUAGUUGAAAUUAAUACUCCACACGAUUGUACAAGCUAAGAAUAUCACGUAACUCGCAUUAUUUUGUAAUGCUCGACAGCAUUAAAUUAUUAUCAGCGUGGUUUCAAGUAGAGCCGUUGUGAGUGGGCUAGUCGUUUGUCUUAACGUAAAUUGCUAGAUUCAGCUUGUUUGUGGCACUCUAGAAAACAAUAACUGCCUAUCCUAACAACGCCAUUAUCAAUCAAGUGAGCAAUAAAACACCAGUUGUAUGCCGUCUAAAAACGCCAACUAGUAGGGAUGGCGGGGGAGAGGAGCGGAGAGGACAUAGUUUCUGAAUACCUGGGCCAGAACCCGCAGCUGGCCCAAUGGGUCGACACUUUCAGGGGCUACUGUGAGACUAAUAAACAGUGGUUUGCUCGGAGAGAGUUCAUCCUGAGGAACAUGGAGGCUUUCCCUACUGUGGAGCCCGGAGUCCCCAGCAGCAGUCUGGACAGGCUGCUCUCUCUGUCCAUGGUGUGGGCCAAUCACGUUUUCCUGGGCUGCAGCUAUCCACAGGCUGUAAUGGACAAGAUCAAGGAGAUGAGUGAAGGGAUAGUUGUGGAAGAUGCCCCCGUUCACAGAACAACAAUGGAUGGAGUCAUGGCCAAAGGAAAGCGGGGUGCCACAACUGAGGGCGAUGCUGACAGCUGUGUGAAAAGAGCCAAAUGUGGGCCUAAUGAGCUUGACAGUCGACCUGCUGGGAGGACAGCUACGUGGCCUGCGGGUCAGAAAUCAGGACCGCUUCCACAGGCUCCAGCAGAGCACCAGCCCUUCUUCAACCGCCUCUACAAGGCAGUGGCCUGGAAGUUGGUGUCAGCAGGGGGCUUCGGUCCCAACUUGGACCAUUUCGAAAUACUUCGUAGCUGUGUAGAGUCAUGUAAACAGACCCUGGCCUGUGUGUUUGUGCCACUGAAAGACAUUACGGGCCUCCCCGCAGGUCGCACACAGAAGGAAGGCCACGUGUGUGAGAUUCGCUGUCAGACUGUUUACAUGGGGACAGGAUACGGGCGUGAUGAGUCCGCUGCCAAAGCCAUGGCUUCCAAAGAGGCCCUAAAAGUCUUUCAGGGGCGAAAAGUGACAGUAAAGAUCUGCAGACGGAGGUACAAAGGGAAAGAUGUGGAGGAUUUGAUGUUGUUGGACGAACAGCCUCGGAAUCAGGGCUUUCCCCCCGCACUCAGCUACCCUUUUCAGGACGAGCAGCUGGAAGAUGGUUCUUCAUAGAACAGACAACUUGUGAAAUUUGCCCUGCUGUGAUGCCUGGCGGGAGCACGGAGAAGUGACGGUUACUUAAUGGAGCUACUGAAGAAAUUUAUGAGCGUGUCGGGACCAGACUGUUCGUAACUAGACUUUGGAAUCUUGAUGCAUUUCCAACAAUACUUGCAGGUGACAUUAGAAUAUCUGGGAAAUAUCACUAAAACAACAACAAUGAGUCGGAUACUGUACUGAUUACAUUUUCAACCGCUUUCAGUUUUAUAGACAGAAAACAGUGUAAUAAAGUGUGUGGAGUGCCAUCAUUUAAAAGUCAAACAGCCAUAAACUGGCAAAAAGCUCAACUUCCAGAAGGCAGAACAGUGAAAACAGAACAGAGAGUUACAUCAAAAUGCCACCUUUAGUGCUGUAGGAGAAUGUGUUGCGUUAUAUUGAUGUGAUUACAUGUUCCAGCAAAAUGAAAAAAAAAGGUUUUGGCCGUAACAUCAUAUUUGGACCAGCCUGUUUAUGUUUCCCUUUUGUUCAUUCCUGUUGUGACAGGUUUUAUUCUGCAGGGUUAACGAGUGUAACUGCGUACAGUCACACCUACGGUUAGUUUUAUUUUCACCAAACUAUAUUUCAUAACCUGACUUCGAUGCUUUUUGUUGCUCUGGAUUCCCACUGUUCAGUUCCAAGGGAAACAGAAGUCACGUGGACAAACCAAUGACUUUUCUCUUUACAGUUUUGAUUUUGGCAGCUGGAUGCAGUUAAAACUAAACUAACUAGCGAGUAUUGUAUAAAUCCAGACAUUGUUUUGGUAUUUCAGUUUUUUCAACCAUAAGUGACUGUUGGAUGUCAGAUAUCAAUAAUUAUUGUUCCCAUUGUGCCAUUAACCUUUGCAAUUCUCCAAUGAGAAAUGCGUUCUCAUUUCUAACGACCCACAUUUUAGUUGUUCUACAGCAGGACUGGACCUUGCUGAAGUUAUGUGAUCGAACCUUUAUGUAAUUCUCAUUUUUCUUACUUAUCCAGCAAAAUGUAACUUAAGUAGUAAAAAUUCCUACGUUUAUGCAAACUGCUCCAAACAUUGUUGGUUUGAUGGUGACCCGAGGUGUUAACAAGAGCUCCAGUCAGUCCAGCUCUUCAUUAAAAAAAAAAAGUUCAGCUGUAAUCUGCAAAGCCGUGAUUUUAAUAUGAAAUCAUUUCUACUAACAAAUUAAUGUGACAAGGAACUGAGUGAAGGUUUGAGUUUUUUUCUGACAGUAUGCAGGAUGUUUAAGGAGAAAUUGAGGGGUACUUCACAGGUUUGGGCUUUUGUGUUCUUCUCAAAUACUUGGGCAACUACAGUAUCUGUUCUACUGUACGCAGAAGUACUGACGGCUUAUAUUUUCAUUGAUUUUUUUAAUCUCACUGACUAAAAACCACUUAGACCCACACGAUGUUGAAAAUACUGGGGUGUCGUGAUGAAUAAAAUUCCUUGGAUCACAGUUAGAUACAGCAUGUACAGUUAUGACAUGUUUGAGGGUAAAGUGCUGCUGUGAUGUGUGCUUUUUUUAUUCUUUUCUUCUGGGUUGAAGGUGAACAGGGUUGCAUUGAAGUGUGAGUACCCACACUGUUCCAUGUUACUGUAUGUUUACACCAGUGGUCCUGUUUCUAUAUUUUUUAAAUAAAGAUAAUUUAACUGAG